UGUUGAAAAUUCGCCUUUAUCUUAAUGUAAUGUCCUUUCACAAAAUGAUUAGUAUAUAUUGGAAGUGUGUUACUAUAAAUUUGGUUAGUUCUUCGACUAAAGCACACUUACAGCAACUAUGAACACCCUAAUUUUAUUCAUCUCUCUGGCCGUUGUGAUCUCAGCAGGACCGCAAUACGGAGGCGGUUCAGCCGGAGGUCUUUUAGGCCAUCAUCAACCUUUAGAGCAUCAUAUAAUUGGACUUAGCCGUGGGGGAGAGGAAGAAGAACACUACGGCGGCGGUGAGGAAGGGGGGCAUGGAGGACAUGAAGAACAAAGCUACAAAGGAGAAUCCAUCGGUUUCAGUGGUUCAGACUUUAGAACUCCAGUAGAUGUUCACCACGAGAAGGAAAUCCACUUAAAGGCCAAACCUGAGUACCACUAUGAUUACCACGUAGCAGACCAUAAGCACAAGGAUUACAAGAGCAAGCAUGAAACCCGUGACGGUUACAAAGUGAAGGGUACCUAUAGCCUCUUGGAACCAGACCACAAGACCAUUAGGGUGAUAGACUAUGUUUCAGACAAGAAACUUGGUUUCAUCGCUAAGGUUUCUUACAAAAAACAUCAGUAAAUAAGUUCGGGGCUGUUAAAACUGUUAUCUUGUUGUAUUUUGUUUCAGUUAUGUAGUUCUAAUUUAUUUUAUUGUCGUUAACUUGUUUUAUUGCGAAAA